AUGGACGACAUCAGCGAUUCGGAGAUGUGGUCUGGUUCAUCCACAUCUAUGGACUCAGAAAACCCAACAGAAGACGAAAAAGCCAAGAAUAAGUUCACUGUUGAGUAUUUCACUGAAGCUAGGCCUGACGGUGAAGGAGGCUGGCUCUAUAAAGUGAAGUGGUAUCGUUACAUGAGCAAUGAGAAGAAUGACACAUGGGAGUCCAGUGAUAGUUUGACGGCGUGUAGGUCGCUGAUGCGUAGUUUCUGGGGGCAUGUGGGGCGGGAAAGGUCUGAUCUGUCGACGUACGACGAGGGGAACCCAAUUAUACCCACAGACGAAUGGAAGGGUAUCCCUUCCCCUUUAAGUUCAUUUCUGGGUUUGGACUUACGACGUCACUAG